CUUUGACCUUUGUUCCCUUUCGUGUUCGAGUUCAAGCCGGUUGGACACCGAAAAUGUCGCUCCGUGUACUUGUAGGAGUUAAAAGAGUCAUCGAUUAUGCCGUCAAGGUUCGGGUGCGGCCGGACAAGAUGGGCGUGGUCACCGAUGGGGUGAAACACAGCAUGAACCCCUUUGAUGAGAUUGCGGUAGAGGAGGCGGUGAGACUCAAAGAGAAGAAGAUCGUCAAGGAGAUUGUUGCCGUCAGCUGUGGCCCUGCAAAGUGUCAGGAGACCCUGCGCACGGCGCUGGCCAUGGGUGUGGACCGGGGCAUCCACGUAGAUAUUCCGGAGGCUGACUUUGAGAAGGUCCAACCGUACCACGUCUCUAAGAUUUUCUCCAAGUUGGCUCAGGAAGAAGGCGUGGAUCUUGUCAUCCUCGGCAAACAGGCCAUCGACGACGACUGUAACCAAACUGGUCAGAUGACGGCAGCCCACCUGGACUGGCCACAGGGCACCUUCUGUUCAGAGCUCAACCUGGAAGACGGCCAUCUAAAGAUUGUUCGCGAGAUAGACGGUGGUCUCGAAACAAUAAAAAUCAAGAUGCCUGCAGUGGUAACAGCUGACUUGAGACUCAACGAGCCCAGAUAUGCAACGCUUCCAAAUAUCAUGAAAGCCAAGAAGAAGCCCAUUGCCAAAAAGGCAGCCUCAGACCUGGGAGUGGAGCUCGCGCCGAGGAUCGAAGUCAUCAGUGUCAACGACCCCCCAGUGAGAGAAGCCGGCCAGAAAGUGGAGUCAGUCGAGGAUCUGGUCACCAAAUUGAAGGACUCUGGCGUUAUAUAAACCUCUCACACAGAACGGCAGAGUUUGCGGACAUCCCCAAGACGAUAGGAGCACGUAUUCAACACUAUAGAUUCUUAAAGCAACAGAGAAAUUCCAGUCUGGCAUUCUAAACCACGCAGAGCACUUCGAGCGAGAGGCCCAAUCCUCUUUUCAUUGACUACACAAAAGUCAACGCUCCUUGAGAACUUGGAAUAGGAGAAUACAGGGGAACGCAUUCAUAGCAAGGUCGUUGGGACUGGAGAAAUUACACGUACCUUGUUAUAACAUGGACCUUGAAUUAUCGGCAUUGGAAAACAGAAAAUACAAGUAGGGUCCUAAAAUCAGAGCAGGAUGUUGUGUUAGUGUUCUCAGACCUGAGUGGUGUUCAACUAUAUUACAUAUUUGGGGAACCUUAGGAACUCUCAUAGUCUACAUUUGGAACAUUCUGGUUCUGUGACAUGUCACAAUCAAACCCUGACCUAAAGUCUUGCUGAUUUGGGCAUUACGUUUAAUUAAAUGAGUGUGUGACAGAAAUUAAUUCAGUGGUUGGCGAUUUCUCUUGGAUCCUCGGGCCUGUUGAACUGUUAAGGGGUGAACGUAGGAUAUUUGCAUUAGUGGUUGUAUUCAAAUGGAGUAGUCACUGGUUGAACAUUUUCUGUCUAUGGGCAUUAAACUCUGGUCCAGACUCAUCAACAGGUUCCAAGGAAAGGUCAAAGUUCAAGGAGCUUUUUCUGUCUAUGGUAUGAAACUCCAGUCUGUAGAAAGUCCAAGUCACGCUAGUUGGAGACCAGUCACAGUAACAGGGUGAGACAGGCUUUUCUCAAAGCCCAUUUUCGACUUGGCUUUUGACUAGAUGACUGUUGGACUUGAAUUUAGACCAGAUGACUUGUAAUGGACUUGGUGGGAUUUAGUUAAGACACGACUACAUCAACAGGGUCCAAAGAAAGGUCAGAGGGCAAGGAGCUUUUCUUCAUGAAAUGGAACAUGUCAGUUGCUUAGAAUGCCGCACUUGAAACACAGCGAUAUGUUGGAGAGGAGAAAAACUGCUUCACCACUCAUGUACAUUUUAGAAUAUAACUUUUUAAAGGAUUCAGUAUUCCGAUCAUUAGCUGCUCCGUCUCGUCAAGGGUGUGCCAUCUUUGCUGCUUCAUUUCUCGAUUUUUAUUGUGAAAAAUUUCUUUGUUCAAAUGCAAAAGUAAAACCUCGUACAAAUGAUACAAGUUAUAAAUAAAUCAAAAUGUUUGUCCGAGAGAUUAAGGAAAACCUCCCCCUCAAGUUACCAACAAUGUUUCAGACAAGGUUUUAGGGGGAGAGAGGCGGAUUUCUCGAGAGAUGUCAGGCGCCAAUUCCUGUCAACUAAUUAGCCAAAUAAAAAGAUGUACAUGUAGUCUUUUCUAAAACUGUCAAGUUCCAGAUGUGGUUUUGGAAAGAAAGAAAACAAGUUUUGAGCACCAAACCACGAUCGGUCUUUCCACAAUGAGUAUGAAGCCAUGCCCAGUUGUUCUCAUAGUAGUUAAUAAUAUUGCCAAUGGAAUAUGUUUGUUCAUUUUGAACGGGGACCGGGCAUAGUUAUUGGAUGUAAAUACAGUUUGCCCUUGCAGUAUGUUUCAGUCAUUUUCCUUUUGAUGUUCAAAGAGAAAGCCUACAACAAACCUACCUGUAAUGAUGUCGUCAUUUUGGCCACGUUUGAUAUACACGUACUGUAACUUUGUGUCUUCAAAAGAUACUGACUUCCUCACCAAUUCAACUGGAAAUGUCACAUGUAAUGUACAUAUGUACAGGACUGCAUGAUUUUGGAUUGUUGUAAUGUCAACAGUGGUCAGUGUUUCACUUGCAAAACAAAUUAGAAGCCAUUUUACGGGGCGAUCCUGGCACGCAGGCAGUGCAAGCACAUGAAAUUCCUCCUUGACCAAUAGGCAGCAGUCAGUUGCCUAGGUGCGCGCACGUGAUCAGGUUGAGACAGCUGCGUGAGCUGCCUGAGUGUAAAUGGUGUCUCGUCGGAUUUGUCUGUAGAGUAGUGCCAACUUCUCACUUUGCAACCAAAAUGGCUGUUCCUUAUGUGUCCAGUACAGCAUGCAGCUAUUGUAUGCUAGUUGUCCAUGUGCACUGAUGCAUAAUCCCUAUUUUGGUUCCAACAGUUGAGACACUCGUGUCAGAAUCCUCUCUAUAAACACCUCUGUGCAUAAGUAAGGCUUCAUCUGAAUCUGUUCUGUACAGCUAGGUCUAGGCUCCAUGGAAAUACAUAUACAUUUGUACACCUUGGCAGUAGACAUAGCCGUAGCUCUGGAAGCCUUUUUCUGACAAGAUCGUUUUGUCAGUGUGGCUGCAUUAACUGAAUUGUCUGUGGAUGUUAGCUGCAGUGUCUUUGUAAAACACACAUAGCCACAGCCUCAACAGAUUAUGUCUGUGGCUAUGUCUACUCACUAUGGUGUGUCAGUGUUGCGUCAGCCUGACACACAUGCGAGUGCAAACCAUUGUGAUCUUACUGGACACCUGUACACACCUGUUAAGGGCACCUCCUGCGGCACAAUGCAAUAAAACACCUCACGUGAUUCAA